AUGGCUCUGGAGCAGAUGGCGCAGGGCGGCUGCAUUGCGAACGUUGUGCUGGGAGCACAGAUAGGACGGAAGAUGACCACCACAGACGCCCUGCUGGCAGUGGUCAUGGGCAACGCCAUCCUGGGUGUAAUGGGCUCGACGGUGGCUUGGAUCGGCUGCCGGGAAGGCAUGGCCACGGCCAUGCUUGGCCGCUGGACCGGCCUCGGCAUAGUCGGCACAGGGCUGCUGAGCAUCAUCACAACUGGCAGCUUAUUCGGCUGGUUUGGGAUCCAAGCCGAGAUCGCCGGCAAUGGCAUUGAAGCACUCGUGCACCGGGGCCCGGCGUGGGCAUGGGCUCUGGCAAAUGGGUCGCUGGUGACGGUUAUCGUCGCCUUUGGCUUUCGCUGGAUGGUCGGUGCCUCCUGGAUCACAGGCCCGGUGUUCCUCGUCGUCGUGAUCUGGGCGUGUGCUGUCUCCCUGCAGGACUACGACCUUGCAGGGCACGUAGAGGUCUCGGAGCUUUCUUUGCUGCAUGGCGCCGGCGUGGUUGUGGGAGGCUGGGUUGUGGGCACGACGAUCCUGUCGGACUACUCCCGCUUUGCGCGGUCGAAGCGGCAGGCAGUAUCCAUCGUGCUACUUCCCCGUUGCGGCUCCAUCACUGCCUACAUGCUGGUCGGCGUCCUGUUGGCACAAGCUCAUGGGACUGACGACAUCAUCGCGGUCAUGGGGGAGUCUAUUGGCAUGGGAGCUGUCGUUGUCGUCGUGGCCGGCGAGAUGGUCAUCAACUGCAGCAACAUCUACUCGGCGACUCUGGCCAUGGUUUCCUUCUUUGACAUGGCCUUUGGAUGGCGCAUCCCCCGCCCGCUCUUGACGCUGGUGUGCGGCGCCGUCGGCAGUGCCCUUGGCGCGUUCGGAAUCCUGCGGGGCUUCAUUUCCUUCCUCGACCUUCUCUCGGUGACCUUCCCGCCUGUUGUCGGCAUUCUCUGCUGCGAGUACAUCCUUGUCCGGGCUUUCCGCCCGAAAUUGGACGAGACGCGAGCUGCUGGAACGAUGCCUCAGGUUGCCCCUGUGCUCGUUCCUACCUCGCUGGUGGCCUGGUUGGCGGCCACCCUGCUGGGGCACUUUGUUCCUUGGGGCACGCCCUACCUCUACUCCCUGUUCGGCGGCGCCCUCGUCUAUGGCCUGGGAGGCCUCCUGGGCCUGCUCCCGAGAGGCGGCGCGCAGACAGGACAGAGUGAGCCCUGCCCUGACCCCGGGGCUUGA